AAUGUUUUUAUUGUUAAAUGCUUUUGUGUUGAUGCGCCCAAUUGUGUUGUCAUUUUGUCUUCUUUUGAGAUGCUUCAUCGACCUUUCUCCAUUCAUUCAAUUCUUUUCCCGCAUUUCUUUACACAAUAGAUUUUGUAUUUAUUUAUUUUCCCCAACAAUCCAAAUCUUUCUCUUUUUUUCUUUUCAAUUUUGUUUGAUUCCCCGCCUUCUUAAACAUUUUUAAAGGGGUUAAGCUUUAAUCAACAACUAUUUGUAUAUUUUUUUCAUUAGAUAUUCUCCCCUUAUUUUUUCUUAUUUUUGUUUCCUUUUACAAAAUCAACAGCUUUUUCCUUUCCCUUCUUGUAAUUAGCAUUCUCUUCUCAUUUUUCCAUCA